UUGGGCGGGAAGGGCGCGCGCCGGCUGCCUUGCGUCUCUGCGACUGUUGGUGUGUGGUUGCCACGGCAACCGGUGCGGUUCCGCCCGGCGGCCGCGGCCGGGAGGCAUUUUAUAAAACUACUUACAAGACCGCUAUCAAAAGAAGCAGUAGAGCAGUUUAGCCUAUUACAGAAUUAUGGUUCGACUAACAAUGGGCCUAAUUGCUAAAAGCAUCAGUCACAAGAAUCACAGUGAAGAGGACUUUGGACAGUAUGUGCGAAAAAUAACUCAUCUGAAUUUAUCAGAUAAAAAUAUAAAUGCAAUUGGUGACCUCUCUUUGUGUAAAAAUCUUAGAGUUCUAUAUUUAUAUGAUAACCACAUCAGACAAAUCCAGAACUUGGACUUUGCUUCAAAUAUAACACACCUUUACCUUCAGAACAAUUGUAUUUCAUGUAUAGAAAAUCUCUCAUCACUGAAAAACCUUGAAAAACUGUAUUUGGGGGGCAACUGCAUCACUGUAGUAGAGGGUUUGGAUAAAAUAGAAGAAAUAAGGGAGUUACAUGUUGAAAGUCAACAUCUCCCUCUUGGUGAAAAGCUUCUGUUUGAUCCCAGAUCUCUUAGGUCCCUGGCAAAGUCUUUGUCUGUGUUGAAUAUCAGCAAUAAUAACAUUGAUGAAUUAGAAGAACUGGCAGUUUUGGAAAAUCUUUCUUAUCUUAGAGCAGUUGACAAUCAAAUUCAACAUAUGAAGGAUUUGGAGGUUGUAUUAAACAAAUGGACAAAGCUACGCAGAAUGGAUCUUGCAGGAAACCCCAUCUGCCACAAACCAAAAUACAGGGACAGGAUUGUAGUACAGUCACGAACUUUAGAAUCCCUUGACGGGAAGGAAAUUAAAGACAUGGAAAGACAGUUCCUAAUGAAUUGGAAAGCCUUCAAAGCUGCCAGGAAAAAAAACAAAGAAAGAAUGACAAAUGAACACACAGCAGAUCUACAUUUUUCUGACUUUGAAACAUCUUACCCUAUUCUUCCCUUUCACUACAGUGACUUUGUGAAAGAAAAACCACAUUUUUUAGUUUUGUCUGAGAUGCACAAAGUUAAAAGAAAACCUCUGCCAAGAAUCCUGGGGAAAAAAAGGUUAGAUGAAAACUCAGCAUCAGCUCAAGGUCAUCAAGAUGAUCAAGAAAGAAAAUCACAUAAGCAGCUUUGUGAACCGUAAUGCAACUGUUUGGGGAAAUAAAAUCUGCCCAUAGGGAUCUGCAGUUUGGGACUUACAGUUUUUCCAGCUUUACCUGUAGUAAUGGUUUAGUUCAGUAUUUGGGACCUAGUAUCACUGCUUCCACAUUUUUAAUGCUACUUUUAAUCUCACUGUUUUAUUAUUUAUCAGCUGUACUGGCCAAUAAAAAAAUCAUCAUUUAUGCAAUGCUGUAGAUAAAAUAAAUAAAUAGAUUCAACUGCUACAGGUAUUCUUUUGUAACUGAAUUACUAAAUGCAGUGUUUUAUUUUACAUUCAUCUCGGAAUUUAUUAGUAUGUUUGAAAAUUUAACUGAGCAACAUUUAAUACUAUUCAUUCUUGACAGCUUCCCACUUUCCAUUCCAUCAGUUCUGUUCCUUGUGAUUAUUUGUUCUGAUUAAAAAUAGCUGCCUUUCCCUUUGAAAGGGAAGAAGUAUUACAAAUCCCAAAGCUGCUGUCUUCCAAAGUAUCAUUUUUGUUCUUCAUAUGACAAUGUAUAUAUUCUGGUAUAAAAAGAAAAUUAACUCAUCAUAUAUGUACCCAUUCUUGAUUUUUUUUCCCUGCAUAUAACAGUGGAGAAGUUUAAAAACAAGAACUGCAGGAACAAUGCACUAGUUACCACAAAAUAGUACUACUGCGUGAUUAUUUUCCAGUGAAUGGUCAAGGCUUGUGAAAUUUAGAGGUGUACAGGCUAAUACUCAUGCCAUACAAAUACUUUUUUUUUUUUUCUUUUAAUUCCACUGUAAAAUUAGUUUGUCCACAUGCUCAGUGUUCUGUCAGCUUGCAGUUCAUCUUUAUUAGCAUUCUGUCUUUUGGGCCAGGCUGAAUAAAACUAUGGUUUUCAUUUGCUAUUCCCUUUAGUCCUAAUAAAGGAUGGAACAUGCAUGUACAGCACCUCCCAGAAAGAUGUUUUCUUCAUUUUAAGAACUUCUACUAUCUCUGUGGAGAUAAAGCAUUCUGAUUCUACUCUACUAUGUUAAAAAGCUGUCCAGUUGUUGAGCUGCUUUGCUUGACAAAAGUUUUCCUAGUAUUACAAAGCUGGAGUACAAUCCUGGCCCUGUUGAAAUCCCUUUUGACCCUAGAAAGGCAAAGAUUGCAUCUUCCGUACUUGAUUGGAAGAAGAUGUCUAUAUUUUUUAUUAAUUUACAUUUGCAAAUUAAACAAUUUGGGUUUGUUUCUUUUUUUUUUUUUACUAUUAGUCUAGAAGAUUUUUCUCUGAUUUAUAUAAAGGCUAGAAUAAACUACAAUCAGAUGACAUGCAUUUAAUAUUUUUGAAAAACUUGUAAGUGGGACUUUUAUCUUGUAUGCUGAAGGUUGCUAUACGUUAAUUUCAUGUGUAAUCACUGCUCUUGAGACUUACUCUAAUCUUGUUACUAGUGGAAUUCCAUGGAAACCAGAGAGUCUUGGGAAUUAGUUAAAGGUUUGUGAAUUCUUUAAAAAGGUUUUUUUUGGGGAAAACCCCCCCCCUCAAAAUACAAAAAUAUUCAUUUUCAGAGUAUAUGCUGAUAUGAAAUAAUGACAAAUCACAGUAUUCCCUUGCCAGAUCCAGUAAUUAGGGAUAUGCAUUAAUGUGCCUAUAUGUAAAGCGAGGAAAUUUUGUCAAACUGAACAAAUACCUGUAUUGUUUAAUUGAAAUUCAGUAUAGGACUAAAGAAAUUAGUGAAUUUUAAUCCUACCUUCUGUGUUAGCCAAAUAAAUUAUUCCAACAGAUGUUUCCUCUUUCCCUAUACAUGCUAGGUGAUGUUUGACCUUGGCAACUUAAAAACAGGCAUUAAAUACCUUUUUAACCUACAUCUAAGAUCCACUGAGGAUUACAUACAGCUUGAACAAUGAAAAAUGCCAGUUAUUACUAGAUUACUAAAAUAUGUCAUUAAUCUUUCUGUUUUGAUGAUAUAAAAACAAUAGCAAUUUUAUAUUGGAUUAUAAGUUAGUUUUGAACAUUUUGAGUUAUGGAUAUUGGCAGGAAGUAAUUUAAAGAAAACAAAUCACUUAACUAUUUUAAAGAUACUUAAUACCUUCCAAUGGGAUACACUAUUAUUAAUUUUCCCUGAGUAGAGAAGUUGUUGAAAUUUUGAUGUUGUAAACUUAACCUGUAACCAGCAGUUUUCUGCCUACAAUCCUUUACUCAUGGAAUUAAAUAUUUGAAUAAGUAUUCAUAGCAAUAUCAUAGCAAUUCAGAAUUUGGUGGGAAAGUCACCUUUUGUCUCUCCGGUGUAUGUUAUGUGAUUAGCGAUAUGGUAAUAUCUUUAAAUGAAACAGUCAGCAUAUAGUAAGUACACUGGAUUGCGCCAGCUAAUCAUAAGCCACUCUCCUCGCCACCGUGCAUAUCCUGCAGAGUAGUUCAAAUGUAAGGAACUUGCAGCAAGCCAUGUUAGUUCUUCUUAGCUCUUCAGCAGAUGCUCUUACCAACAGCCUUGGCUUCAGGAAAAAGAGAAAUACAGACACAAGGUACAAACUAGUGCAGUUUUAGCUGAGCACCCUAGAGCUAGUUUUAGCCACUGAAGAGCCUGUAAGCACUCCAACUGUAUUCAGAGUUAGGUGCAUUAAAUAUUCGGAGAUAACCAGCUGGAGCACUUUGGCAGAGCUGAGAGCAUGUUUUGAACAGCCCUGGAGUGCCUCUUCAGCAGCUAUAGCCCCUCUCACUGCCUUUCUUCGGUGAUGGUGUUGAAGGAAAAAUGUAAACAUCUCCUCAGCGAGGUCCAAGAAGUAUCAAUCAGCAACUGAUGAAGGCUGUGGAAGAGAAAUGUAAGGAAUUUAUUUGUCAUUGAAUUAUUCAGCCAUGAUACAGGAUAUGAAAGGAGUCAUUGCUAGAUAAAGUGUAAGGAUAAAGAGAUGAGGUGAAGUUCUGAAAUUAAAUAGUGUUGCUGAAGCAGAGUCAUUUGAAUGGAGGUCAGGUAUUAGCAGUUUCUGAUUACUGUGGCCCAUGUAAGGUUUCAGCAGGCAAUUCAGCUAAUGUAGUGGUUGGUUCCUUUUUUUCUGGGGGGUAUGCACUACUUGCAAAGGUGAGUGUAAGUACUUUUGUAGGACCGUAAUUAACAUUACAGUGUUGUGUACAUGCAUGGUAUUUUCUGUAUCCAUGUUUACAGCCUUGCUGAAUGUGGUGCUGAAUGAUUCUACCCAUGAUAAUUCAUAAUCUGUUUAGAAGGAAAAAUAUAACUCUGUUAUUACAAACAUACACAAUGAUAUACAAAUGGCAUUAUCUUCUGUCUAAACUUACAUUUCAAUAGUGGUCAUUUAAAAAAAAAAAAAAAAAAGGAAGUAGUUUUAUAUAGGCAAAACCUGUAGUACUUAACACUUAAAUUCAGCAUCCUAAAGACAGUGAUAAACAGCAUCCCUUUUUGGCCAUGCCCAUGCCUCUUCACUCUAGUUCUCUGUGAUGCUGGCUGUGUCCAGAACUGGGAAAGGAUCUAAAAAAUACAAUAACAGACCCCCUGCACUGAUAGAGCUGCUGUGCUCUUGGAAAGAAUACAUCCUUUUUAAUACCGCUGAGAGCGUGCAUCUCCUGAUGAGCAGACUGCCAGCUAGACCACAUGUACUCCUACAUGUCUGGAUGACCAGAUAUCCUAUAGACCCAUUCUUGUCAGGAAGUAUAUGCCUGCUGAUUGACAAGCUGGCAGGAGCAUGUUUGCUUGCAUUGGUCUGCUGCCUCUUCCAGGAGAUACGUGCUAUUUCCUAGACCGUUAGAAGACCAAAUGGCAUGUGCAACUUGUCAGCCAGUAGUGGGUAAAAAAAUUACGGGGGCACAUCUGGGUCUGCAGGCUGUAACAGACUUUCAAGAACAUUGAAACCCAGACUGUUUGAAACCUUCUAAGUAAAACACAUGAAUAUUUAGAAUCAUUUAGUUUGGAAAGAUCAUGGAGUACAGCCAUAGGUCAGUAACAUUUUAAACUGAAUGUGUACAUAGAGCAAGCUAUUCUGUGACUUAGUUGCAUCUUGUAAAUGGUUUCAUCAAAAUUGUAUCAGGAAUGAAGUACUACUUUAGGAUGGUGAAGUAAACAAAAAGCAAACUCAAAUCUUUGCAUAUCUAUUUUUCAGGUGUUAAAUGUUCACUAUAAUUGUUAUUACAUAAAUGAACCAGACAUCCAGUAUGCAGUAUUUACUUUUUCCUAUCCUUAAAUCUUUAUUGCAUGUAAUUUUAUUGUAACUAAUUUACAAAAUUAUAAAAAUCACUUUUAUAUACACAAAGCAUCAAUCAAAUUAACAAAGUAAAGAAAUAAUACUGUGUUUUCAGGUUUUUAACAGAUACCUGCAUGGGAGAUUUAAAGAAGUAAUUUGAGGUUAAAAUAAGACAGCUACUUGAAUUGGGAUAUAUAAAUAAAUCCUGUAAUAACUUCAGUAUAACCCUGGAAGCUAUUCAUCUGAAGUCAGUUCCAAUAAACUAAUUUACUGCAAUGAUACUAACACUGUUUUGAUAUUUGCCUUCCUGUAUCCUGUCAUACAUUGUGUAGGAAUACUCCUAUAUCUGAAAAAUUGAAAGCAGAUGCUUUAAUAAACUUCAGGUGAAAAUGCAAUCAUUGUGCCCUUGUCUAGAAAGAUGAGAUGCUACAUUUUGGAGGACCGCAUUCCAACCACUAAUUCCUUCGUAACAGCUAUACCUCCUCAAAUUCACUUCCAGCACCCUGAGAUGCAUCCCAUCCAGCUGCAGACUUGGAUAUGUCAGAUUUGCUUUCGUGGUUCCUAAAUAGAUCACCAUUUGGUAGCAUUUCUCCCCACCAAAAACUGUUCCUAGGACCUAGGAGGUGUGAGACCAGGCCUUGCCCCAGUAAAGAUUCUGAUGCUUUUGAAGCAAUCCGCAGUACUGUGGUAGCAUGCUGGUGUGUUAGAAGUACCAAAAGGGAAAAAAAAAUAAAGCAUCAGAGCUUGACCACCUCCCCUUGGUACUGCUUUGACCAUAAUCGGAAUAUAUGUAUAGAUACAUAAGCUUUAUAAUCAUGGUGUACACACACAGUGUUAGAGUUACUGAUCUAAAGUUCAAAUGUGAACUUUAGAUCAGUAACCGAUGAAAAAUUCCUGUAUUUCACAAAUAUCACAUUAAAAACAGUGCAAGGUGUAAGUUAAUUUAAUGCUGUAUUAUUUCUUUAUAUAUGCAGGUAUAAAGCAGUGCAUAGAACUGUCUGUGAUAUAGCUAUAAAAGCCACACAAUCCAAAAGUUCAGAGAUGGGGGCAGAAAGGGGAAAAAGCGGCCAAAAAAUUAAGUCAGUGUUCAAGAUAUGCCCAUUGAUUUUUCAGAAUGAAAAUUCAGCACAUGAUCUGUUAAUACGGGUAAUUCAGAGUGUAACUGUUAAAAUAAGGGGAGCUGAAAGGCUUUUCCUUGCUUUUCUUACGGUUGUUUUUUUUGUCUCUGUGUAUUGUGCAAAGUAGCUAUUCUGACUUACAGAGCUCUGAGGGGAAUCGAUUAAUAUGUGAACCUGCUUAUUUACAGUCACUAAAUGAUAAAUGUUAUAUACUGUGAGUGUAAACAAUACAUUUUACUUUGCUAGGAAAAAAAACCCAGUUGUUUUAAGUCAUGUGGCCUUGAAGGAGUUCACUGCUAAAAAAAGAUGUAUUUGAACCUUAACCCCUUCCAUCAAAUGACACUGUAACCAGAGACUACAGAAAUGACUGGCUACAUCCUUCUGUUCUCUUAAUUCUGAGCAGAAUUAAUUGCUGAAUCAAAACCAAGAUAAAUCAGAGCCAGCUGUGAAAUGAUCCAUGUAAUAGACUAAUACUUUAAUUCAGAAAGGGGUUUGGAGCAAUAAGAUCUUCCUUUCUUGGAGAGUUAAUGUAUUAGACUGUCACAGUAAUCACUAAUUACAUGUCCAGUAAAGUUAGGUGUAAUCAGUUACACAUAGUUUGUAGAAAAACGUUUUGGAAUAAAAGACUGAGUCUUACCCGAUUUCAUUUGUAUAAGAAAUUGCUUGGAUUAUUCCUAAGAUGUUGUUUCUUAUGGAACUUGAAAAUUACCAGUAUUUGAUAAAAAUUUAUGUGGAAAAAAUUGUUAACUAUCACCAUUUUUGUGUGUGGAAAAAGUCAAUUUUGUAAUAAAGGAAGGUCCAAAGGAAUUGUCCCUGAAAUAAAACCUUUCCUAAUGGAGUUUCUCUGUAUCAGUGUCAGCUCAGCGUCUUACGCUUGAGACCCUCUCUGAAAUGAGAAAGGAAUUUUUCCUGAAUAAGGAAAUCGGGAUCUGUCUUUUUGCAUUCAAUGUUUUGUGUAUUUUGUUACCAUUUAUAUUUUAUUGCCCUUUGAUAAAGAUAAUCAAAUAAAUUUUAACUCCUGCAUGCAUUCUCCCCUUGAAUAACAGGAUCUUUAUCUUCAUUCUCAAGAAACAGAAUUCCAAAACGAAGGUAGUAAAUAAGUGGUACUAAACCCUGAGGUGCCAGUUGCUUCUGUUAAAACGAAUGAGUCCUUUGCCUUCAAAAUAAGAAAAUACAAACCAGUAAAUAAAGCCCUGAUGUGUAGCUGUCAUUAUUAGUCCAUUACUGCGAUUAGUAUUAACUGAGCACGGUACUUCUUGGUUUAGCUGCCAUCACC